UGUGCGCUGUGUCACUUGGACACAGCGGAUCACCGGUCACAGAAAGAGCCGAAGAUGUCGGCUCGGUCAUGUGAUCAGCUGUGUCCAAUCACAGCUGAUCACUGAUCAUCAGACACUGAUGAUCAGUGUGCCCUGAUGAUCAGUGUAGCCCCAGCAGUGCCACCUGUCAGUGCUCAUCAGUGCCUUGUGUCAGUGCCUCGUGCCAGUGCCUACCAGUGCACAUCAAUUCCACACAUCAUUGCCCAUCUGAGCUGCCUUUCAGUGCCACCUUUCAGUGCCACCUAUCAGUGCCGCCUAACAGUGCCGUGUCAGUGCCGCCUAACAGUGCCAGUCAGUGCCGCCUAUCAGUGCCAUGUAUCAGUGCUGCCUUUCAGUGCCCAUCAGUGAUGCCUGUCA